UUGUGGUUGCAGAAGGCAGAAAGAGCAGUCAUGUUUUACUUCUUCGUAAUUCUCUUGCUUUGGGUGUCCCUAAUAGGUACAAACCAUGGACAGUCUGUUGAGCAGACACAGCAGCCUCAAUCCAUCCUGCAAGGAACAUCUGUGUAUCUGGAAUGUACAUACAAAAUUUCCACCUCUGCUAAUGUUUUCUGGUAUGUUCAGUAUCCCGGCCAAGCACCAGAGAUGCUCCUAAGCAGUUUACUAAAUGAAGAAAAAAAAGGAUUUUCAGCUGAGCACAAGAAAAGUGAAACAUCUUUCCAUCUGAAAAAAGACAAAGCUGAACUGCAAGACUCCGGGGUGUAUUUCUGUGCUGUCAGUGACACAGUGACUCAGGGACAGAGCCCACCUGUCACAUAACUCUGAGCUCAUCUCCUGUACUGUUCUGCUGCUUUGUUAUAGUAACUUCAGUGUAAUCACAUUUGCAUUCUUUAUGAAUUUUAUAAAUACUUCAGGACUACUCUGUGUGCAUUCAGUUUUACCUGUAAUGUACUGUAUAAUUUAAGGUUACCAUCCCGCAGAGAAAAGAAAGUCAGUGCAAAAAAAAAAAAAAAGAAAAGCCCAUU